AUGGGCCGCAAUUCAAAUCCGUGGAGAGCCUGUGAAGUGUGGAGAAGUCACAAUAGUCCCUCAAAUCCCAGCGCGAUCAGCGGUUCAGACUGCUACGACUUUGUCGCCAGAAAGUUUUCAGAGAGCCUCGACUCCAUCGGUGGUAUCGGUAUCAAAGCCCGUGGCACUCAACAAUCACGAGGAGAUUCGGUUCCCUCCUGCUCCUUAUUUGAGACUAAAACAGAUACGGAGCCAAGUGGCUCCCACCGGUCAUCUCUCUUCUCCAAAUCGUGCCGGGCCGUGGAGGCGAAGUACAAAGCAGCGUUAGCAAACGAUUGGAGCGAAUGUCUUCGGUCAGUGCCUGAAAUAUCAUGCCCUUAUUGCUUCCACGCUUUGCCAGUAGAGGAAGUGGUAGACGAGAAGAAGUGGAGCUUACACGUUAUGAAUGAUCUUGAUCCAUACGUUUGCAUGUUCCAGGAAUGCGACUCGCCUGAAGAGUCAGGAAGCGAGGAGAGCAGCCUAGCGAUAUCACUACCAGAAACUAGAAGCACAAUAAGAGAUAAGGUUGAUAAGAACAUCGAUUGGCACUCUGAUGUUAACGAAACGGAGAGGGAAACCUUUGUCUCGGAACCUUCCGAAAAUACAGAUUCAGACAAUUCUAUUAGCUAUGGUCGAUUAAACCACCAGGUCCAGUUUGAAGAAGGACUUCGCGAAUUGGGGUCCAUUCCCGGCGAGCGGGGAUCAUCACCAGCAUCAUCAGUCCGGUGGGGCAACCGGGACGCCGUGAAAAAGCGUGAUCAUAUAAGAAUGGACCCGGAUCGCGCCAUAUGCCACGCCCCAGCAAUCACGGCCUGCGAUUGUGAAGCGAGGCAUUUGGAGGCAGCGGUUAUGCAGGCACAAGAUAGAGCGGUAGGCUCGGCCUACGCCCAGCGUCAGGAUUAGGUCCGAAGUCAUGCGCAAAGCUUCAUAUCGGAGGAUUUCGAAAUAUCCCAACAGCAACUGAAAAACUCCGGUAACUUAC